ACUCACACAAAGUCAGAAGUACUCCUCCUUCUUCCCCCCCAAGUCCACUAGCUCUCCACUCAUCGUCACACGUUUUCGUACGUUACACCACUGAUCGAUCAAUAAUCGCUCAUCACCCGAUCGAUCGAUCGAUAUAUUCUGGCAAAUCUGUAUAUAGAUCGAGCCUCUUAUUCUGCUUCUUCAGGUAAGUCGGCGUCGAGCUGAUUUGUUAACGGGUAGGACGACGUCAAGAGCGGUAGCUCGAGCUCCGUUCGCAGCCAUGGCGGAUGAGCAUGAGUGGUGGAAUAGCCCUUGCUCUGCGCGCACCGGCGACGACGAAGCCGCGUGCUCGACGGCGGACGCCGAUGAGUCAGCGGUUGGGAGUACUCCGAUGAGCUUCGGCCAUGGCGGCCAGCCUGCUAGUUUAUCUGACGCCGCCGCCUCCUCGUCGUCGUCAUCGUUCCUUCUUGCCGGACAACACAUGGAUUAUUGGACGCAGGACUUCAUCAGGGGAGGUAGAGCAGCGGCAGCGGCCACCGCGAGCUUCGACACGCUGCUCCAGCUCCAGCUCCAAGGCGGCGACGCGGCGAGCCGCCGCUUGCUGCUCGGCGACCACGCCGCAGCGCCGCCGCGUCACCUCGUCGUGCCAGGGGCGCCCUACGGCGGCGGCGGCGGUGAUGACACGGCGGCGCCGCCGCGAGGCUUGUCACCGACACCGUACGAGGCGGCCGACAACCUGCAGCAGCAGCAAUCGUUCCCCGGCGGCCACCACGUCGUCGUAGGCUCGUCGUCGGGGCUCUUCCGGCCGGCGACGACGGCGCCGCCGCCGCAGUUUCUCUUGCAGUCCAACACGGAUCGCCUCCAUGAUCAUCAUCAGGACGCCGGCUCGCCGUCGCCGGCGACGAGAAGCUCUCCUGGCUCGCCGGCGGCAGCGAAGAAACCACGGAUCGAGGCGCCGUCGCCGAUGCCGACUUUCAAGGUGAGGAAAGAGAAGCUCGGGGACAGAAUCACUGCGCUCCAGCAACUCGUCUCGCCUUUUGGAAAGACGGAUACCGCAUCGGUUCUUCACGAGGCCAUCGAAUACAUCAAGUUCCUUCACGAUCAAGUUGCCUCUCUGAGCUCACCGUACCUGAGGUGUGGGCGCCCUGUGCAGCUACAACACCAACAGGGUUCCCAUAAGGUGAAUGGUAACUGUGAGGGGAAGCAGCUGGACUUGCGCAGCCGAGGCUUGUGCCUUGUUCCGGUUGCGAGCACUUAUACUGUGGCCAGUGAGACUGCGACAGAGUUUUGGCACCCUACCUUUGGAGGCACAUUUCGGUAGUAAUUAACUAGCUAGAUACUAACUGUGGCCAUGACAGUGGGAGAUCUAGGAAAUUUUUAGAGCCCAGCUUAGCUGAUGAAUUAACCCAACUACUACAGUGGUGCACAUGCAUGGUGCAAUGUGUCAGCUGCUCUCUCUUGCAUGCAUAUGGUGAGCUCUAGCAGUUGCCACAGGAUCAUUUGGUCUAGUUGUUAACAGUCGCUUGAGAUAUAUCAAAUAUUUUUUUAUGUGAGAGAUAUAUCAUAUAUUUAUAUGUUGCUACAUAAUAACUAGAGGUACCAAUGGGAGAGUUUAAGGUACCACAGGUGUCACAAGCUAGCUAACAUUAGAAAUUUUGCACGGUAUAUAUGCUUUGUGGUACCUCCUCACAAGGACCAUAAAAAUCCUCUCCACACUCACAAAUUCCUUGUAUGUAGUUCUAAUUGGGCGAUGUAUAUAUAUAUAUAUAUCUACCUAUCAAGCAUCAAUUCAUGAUAGUUAAAAACAUGGCAGGUGCAUAUAUAUAUUGAAUUGAAAUAUGAGAGCAAAAAAGGGCUUGGGUGUGAUCAGUAUGAAUGUUUAUGCAUGGAAUAUGCAUGUGCAGAUAUUGCACUAAAGAAAAAUUCAGAAGCAAGACCUAGCUAGCUAGUAGGUGAGUUUCCAAAAACAGGUUAACAUGAAUGGGUAUAUUUGUUGGGACAGUUAGAAAAGGGGAUGAAAUAUAUGAUACUUAUAUAAGAACUUUCCAAGGAAUAAUGCUAUGGUCAAUAUUAUAUAUAUUGAUGACAUGUUGGGGUGGGAGGGGAACAACAACUGCUAAAAUUUGGAAAGAAAAGCUAGGUGACAGAGUCUUAAUUAGAUGAAUGAUGAACAGUUGGUUCAUGUCUAUCAACCAUGCAUAUUAUUGCAUUGCCUAUAUAUGAUCUUGGAGUAGUAGAGGUCACUGUACAUGCCUCUUGUUACCGUCUGAAAAAUUGUCGGUGUUCGUGUAACAUCGUAGCAUGCAUGCGUACUCGAUCUCUAGCAAAUCAGCUGUUAGCUAGGUAUUCCACGAUUGGCACUGUCUCCUAAUUACUCCAGUUAAUUGAUAUGCUACCUGAUCUUUUAUUCCCCUUGUUGUAAGAUACUCCCUUCGUCUCAUUUUAAUUAAAUACAGUUGUGAAUUUCUAUGUCCAA